UUGUAAUAAUUAUAAAUAGAUUUCUAAUGAUGUAAUACAAGUGUAAGAAGUAUAUUUUGAUAGUGGAAUAUUAUAUGUUUAUUAAAAAAGGAAUAUUUUCGGAAACUAUAAUAUCAUGUUGAAUUAGUCAAGUAUUUCACAUAUUGCGCAAUCAGAUAACGAGAAUCUUAUAUAGUUCGAGAGAAUGAGGAAAAAAUGUAUAGUUGUUAAACGUGCUUUCUGCAGCUACAUGAUGAGAAAAUCUAAUUUGAAGAAUGGAAUACACCAAAAAUUUGCCAAUAAUAACGAAAGCAAUAAUGUUGCAAAUUAUUUCCGACUCAGAAACACUGGCCACGAAGCCAUUGAUUUAAGGAAAAAAUUAAAAUCUUUAAUCGACACAAAUACUGCUUUUUGUAGUUUUGAAUUAUUAUCUUUAAAAAAUGAUGAUUUUUACCAAAGUUUCUUUACAGAAAUGAAUAAAUAUCAUCCUCUUUUUUAUGCAUUGACAUCACAUACAAAGAAUAAAACAAAACAUUAUGAGUUUUUAAAAUUAACUGAUACAUUUCCAAAUAAUGUGCUUCUCCACCUUAUUGCGAAUAAUUUAACUCGGACAGAUGUAAAAAGUAUUCUAGAGGAAGCUCUGAAAUGUGGUAUACGCAAUGUUUUUGCGUUGCGAGGAGACUCCAUAACUGCAAGCAGUGAUUUCCCACAUGCCGUUGACUUAGUGCGUUUUAUAAAAAGUCAGUUUGGCGAUACAUUUUGUAUAUGUGUUGCCGGUUAUCCGGAAAUUCAUCCAGAGUCCCCAUCUAAAGAACUGGAUUUGUUUUAUUUAAAAGAAAAAGUUAACGCGGGGGCUGAUUUUAUAAUAACUCAGAUUUGCUUUGAAGCAAACAUUUUUAUUAAGUUCGCUAAUGAUUGUAAAGAAGUUGGAAUCAACGUCCCGAUUCUUCCCGGAAUUUAUCCGAUUCAUAACUAUUCGUGCCUUGAAAAAAUAGCAAAUGUUUGUAAUAUUAAAAUACCACAGAAUAUUUUAGAUUCUUUACAAUCUAUAAAAGAUGAUGACAAUAAAGUACGCAAUUAUGGAAUAGAAUUAUCAACAAACAUUAUUAAAGACAUCAUUGCAAGUGGAACUACUUGUGGCUUUCAUUUAUUUACAUUAAACAGAACAUCAUUGAUAUCGGAAAUAUGUAACAAGUUGGAUAUUUUUCAUUGACUGUCCUAGGAUAGAGGAGAUUUAAUUAAUAAACGAACAAACAACAUUUGUAGUAAAAAGUACUGCACAACAUUCAAACCCUAUCAUACUACGCGCCAAAUCAAGCAUUAAUUGCCAACCAUUGAAAUUCCCUACUGUUCCCUGUGUGGAAUAAAAAUGAUAAAACGUAUUCGUGAUGCGAAAAUGAUAGAUGUUUAUUAAGAAUUUGUUAUACAUUUUAAGUGUUAUUUACAUCGAUAUGACUGGAUGUUAUAUUUUUGAUUUCCUAAAAUGAUCCUUCGAGGAUACUUGCAAUUGUGCGCAUGCGUUUAAGAAAUAUCCAUGACGAACGAAAAGAGGAGUUAGUUGAGCUGGGCGCCAGAGCUCCGCGUGGUCAGUUGGUUAGUCGGCGUGACGGUAACAAGAAAAGAGGAAGGGUCCAUAAGGCAGGAUAUAUAGAACAAUGGCACUCUUCCGUUUCAGCCCCAAACGUUGUUUGGAAGUUCAG